AUGUCUCUCUCUCCGGGUCAGUCCCACAGGGGUUUUAGCACCCGCUCGGCCUGCUCUUGGCGCUCGGGGGCCAGCAGCCAACGCAGUUCUGCUCGCACCUUCAGCAGCAGGAGUCUCUCUUCUUUUGGAGGUGGCCGAGGAGCAUCUCGUGGAAGGGCAUGGGGGUCCGGGGGAAGCCUGGGGGUACAGUUUGGGCAAGGCCGUGGGGGCCCUAGGACUUCCUUGUGCCCUCUGGGGGGCAUCCAGGAAGUGAAGCUCAAUCAGAAUCUGCUGACCCCACUGAAGAUUGAGAUUGACCCCCAGUUCCAAACUGUGCGGACUCAAGAGACCCAAGAGAUCAGAAAACUCAACAAUCAGUUUGCUUCUUUCAUUGACAAGGUGCGCUUCCUGGAGCAGCAAAACAAGGUCCUGGACACCAAAUGGACCCUGCUCCAGGAGCAGGGGGAUCACAGAAGCCCCCAGGGCCUGGAAUCUUUCUUUGAGGACUACCUAGCCCACCUCCGGCAGUGGCUGGAGCAGCUACAGAGAGACCGAGGGGCACUGGAUGCUGAGUUGAAGUCCUGCCAGGAUCAGGAGGCAGAGUACAAAGACAAGUAUGAGGAGGAGGUCCACAGGCGAACCAUGGUGGAGAAUGACUUCGUGGUCCUCAAAAAGGAUGUGGAUGGCGUGUUCCUGAGCAAGAUGGAGCUGGAAGACAGGCAUGAGUCUCUCAGAGUGUACAUCAACUUCCUGAAGCAUCUCUAUGAAGAAGAGUUGGGUCAGCUCCAGACUCAAGCCAACGACUUGUCUGUGGUCCUAUCUAUGGACAACAACCGAUGCUUGGACUUCAAGGAUAUCAUUGCCGAGGUGCGCGCCCGCUAUGAAGAGAUCGCACGGAGCAGCAAAGCCGAAGUUGAGGCCUUGUACCAGAGCAAGUACCAAGAGCUCCAGACGUCUGCCCGACUUCAUGGGGACAGCAUGCAGGAGACCAAAAUCCAGAUCUCCCAGCUGCAGCAGGCGAUUAAGAAGUUGCAGAGUCAGAUUGAGAAUCUCAAGAUGCAGAAUACCAACCUGCAGGCUGCUAUCUCGGAUGCUGAGCAGCGUGGGGAGAUGGCCAUAACUGAUGCUCAGGCUAAGUUGGCUGAGUUGGAGGCUGCCCUGAAAGGCACCAAGCAGGAGCUGGCCCGGAUGCUGCGGGAGUACCAGGAACUGAUGAGCACCAAGCUGGCACUGGACGUGGAGAUUGUCACCUACCGCAGGCUGCUGGAGGGCGAGGAGAGCCGGAUGUCUGGUGAAUGCAGCAACCAGGUUACUAUCACUAUUGGAGGAGGCAGUGCUUCUGUGCCUUGUGGAUCCAGUGGUGGCCUGGUGGGCACAUGUGACCUCGGCGGCAGGAAAAACAACUUCGGCUCCAGCUGUACCAGCAUUGUGACGGGAGGUUCCAAGGCCCCACUGGGAUCAGGAUGGAACCCUGUUCUGGGCUCUUGCUCUGUGUCAGGUUCCGGCUCUGGCUCUGGCUGUCAUACUAUCGUGAAAAAGACCGUGGAGACAAGUCUGAAGACAUCGAUUACCUACUGA